AUGUCUUCUUCUGACCCACUCCAGCUCAACCAGUGUCUCCCCACUGAAUUUGUGUUUCAAGUAUUCACCAAUUCUCCUACAAUCCAGGCCCUCCUCUUCUGUUUCUUCCUCCUCCUCUAUGUAAUGAUUCUCUGUGGGAAUACUGCCAUCGUCUGGGCCGUGUUCACCCAUAGUUCCCUGCACACCCCCAUGUACUUCUUCCUGUCCAACCUGUCCUUUCUGGAGAUCUGUUACACCACUACUCUGGUACCAUUGAUGCUCUCCAACAUCUUUGAUAACCGGAAGCCAAUUCCACUGGCUGGCUGUGGAGUCCAAAUGUUCUUUUUUGUCACCUUGGGGGGCACUGACUGUUUCCUACUGGCUGUCAUGGCUUAUGACCGCUAUGUGGCUAUCUGCCAUCCACUGCAUUAUACUCUCAUCAUGACCCAGAGGCUCUGUAUCCAGAUGGUGGUGGGCUCCCUGAGCCUGGCUCUUUUUCUGGCCCUGCAACUCACGUCACUGGUCUUUACCUUGCCCUUCUGUGGCUACCACAGGGAAAUCAAACACUUCUUCUGUGAUGUUCCACCUGUCCUAAGAUUGGCCUGUGCUGAUACACACAUUCACCAGGCUGUAGUCUAUGUGGUGAGCAUCAUCGUCUUGACAAUACCAUUCCUGCUCAUCUGCAUCUCCUAUGUCUUCAUCACCAACACCAUCUUGCACAUUCGCUCAGCUGAGGGCCGCAAAAGGGCCUUCUCCACCUGCUCUUCCCAUCUCACUGUGGUCCUGCUACAAUAUGGCUGCUGCAGUUUGGUCUACUUACGUCCUCCAUCAAACACCCAAGAGGAUGAGGACCGGCAGCUCGCCUUGGUCUAUACCUUUGUCACUCCUCUGCUCAAUCCCCUCAUUUAUACCCUUCGGAACAAGGAUGUCAAAAAUGCUCUGAAAAAAGUCAUGACCAGCACCAGAUAA